UUUCGUCUCACUAGAUAAUUCGUCUUUUGAGUUCAAUGAGUGGAGAGUGGACAUGAACUGAAAGACUCAAAUUCACAGCGAGCAUUAUCAGCGCGAGGAGCCUCGUCUAAAAAUAUUUCCAUCUACAGUCAUAACGAAGAUGCAACGAUGAGUCAACCUCAGCUAAAUGAGUUCAUUCCUCCUCCGGAGUGCCCUGUUUUUGAGCCCAGCUGGGAGGAAUUCAGCGACCCUUUUGCGUACAUCAGUAAAAUACGGCCCAUCGCAGAGAAAACUGGCAUCUGCAAGAUCCGACCGCCGCCGGAAUGGCAGCCACCAUUUGCAUGCGACGUUGACAGACUGAAAUUUACUCCACGGAUACAGAGGCUUAAUGAACUGGAGGCUCAGACUAGAGUUAAGCUGAACUUCCUGGAUCAAAUAGCAAAAUUUUGGGAGCUCCAAGGAUGCACUCUGAAAAUUCCACACGUGGAAAGAAAGAUUUUGGAUCUUUACCAGUUGAAUAAGUUGGUGAACGAAGAAGGAGGCUUUGAUGCUGUCUGUAGAGAGCGACGCUGGACAAGGAUAUCUGUCAAGAUGGGCUUUGCUCCAGGAAAGGCUAUUGGAUCUCAUCUUCGGGCACACUAUGAAAGGAUCCUCUACCCGUACAACCUGUUUCAGACGGGAGCUAAUUUGCUUAAGGCCACCUUGACCAAUGACACUAAAGAUAAGGAGUACACCCCUCAUGACCUGCCACAGCGCCAGUCUGUCCAGCCCCAGGAGACUUGCAGCAUUGCUCGGCGAGCUAAACGAAUGAGAUCUGAAAAAAUUAAAACAGAACCUGGGGAGGUUUGUGAAAAUCGUCCCAAUCUGAGGAGGAGAAUGGGAACAUAUGUUGCCAAACCUGAACCAGUGAGAAUGGCAAUCACCGAGAUAAAAGCAGAGCCCACUGAACAUGAGAUUUCUAUAAAACAAGAGGAAAUUGUAUUAAAUGGAAUAAACACCUCUGGGAAUAAAGUGGACCAGUACAUGUGCCUGGUGUGUGGCAGUGGAAGUGCUGAGGACAGACUGCUAUUGUGCGACGGCUGCGAUGACAGUUAUCACAUCUUCUGUCUGAUCCCACCCCUCCACGAGGUUCCCAAAGGCGACUGGAGGUGCCCCAAGUGCCUGGCUCAGGAGUGUGGUAAACCUGCUGUCGCGUUUGGCUUUGAGCAGGCCAGCAGAUGCUACACCCUCCAAGCUUUUGGAGACAUGGCUGACUCCUUCAAAUCGGAUUAUUUCAACAUGCCAGUUCAUAUGGUUCCAACCGAAUUGGUGGAGAAGGAGUUUUGGCGACUGGUCAGCACCAUCGAGGAGGAUGUUACUGUCGAGUAUGGAGCAGACAUUGCUUCUAAGGAGUUUGGGAGUGGUUUCCCAGUGAAAAACGGCCAUUUUGAAGUUUGUCCCGAGGACGAGCAUUACCUGAGCAGCGGCUGGAACCUGAACAACAUGCCGGUGCUGGACGCCUCUGUGCUGACUCACGUUACGGCCGACAUCUGUGGGAUGAAGUUACCCUGGCUCUACGUGGGCAUGUGCUUCUCGUCCUUCUGCUGGCAUAUUGAAGACCACUGGAGCUACUCUAUUAACUAUCUUCACUGGGGCGAGCCGAAGACGUGGUAUGGGGCUCCUGGUUAUGCUGCAGAGCAUCUUGAGUCAGUCAUGAAAAAACUGGCCCCUGAGCUGUUCGAGUCCCAGCCCGACCUCCUUCACCAGCUGGUCACCAUCAUGAAUCCCAACACACUGAUGAACAACGGUGUCCCGAUUUAUCGCACCAACCAGUGUGCAGGCGAGUUUGUCAUCACUUUUCCCAGGGCUUACCACAGUGGCUUUAAUCAGGGUUUCAACUUUGCUGAAGCGGUCAACUUCUGUACAUUAGACUGGAUGCCCAUUGGUCGUAGCUGUGUGGAACAUUACCGCGAGCUGAGCAGAUACUGUGUCUUCUCCCACGAUGAGAUGGUUUGUAACAUGGCCUUUAGAGCGGACAUGCUGGAUAUCGACCUGUCAACAGCCGUUUACAAGGAAAUGACCAUCAUGAUACAAGAAGAGGAGGACCUGAGACAGAAAGUAAAGAAAAUGGGUGUGGUGCAAUCACGCCAGGUUGAUUAUGAGAUGCUCCCAGACGAGGAUCGACAGUGCGUCAAGUGUCGAACCACCUGCUACCUGUCAGGGAUCACCUGUGCCUGCAGCCCCAACAAGAUGGUCUGUCUGUACCACGCCCAGAACCUAUGUUCCUGCCCUUACAGCAGCCUUAUGCUCAAUUACAAGUUCACACUGGAAACGUUGUACCCAACCAUGGUAACAGUAAAGCUGCGUGCAGACUCCUAUAAAGACUGGCUCUCUAGCGUUCAGGAGAUCCUUGAGAACAAAGGAACUAAAAAAAGGGGGUUGGAAGAACUUCACAACCUGGUGGAGCAGGCAGAGCCAAAAACCUUCCCAAAAACCAGCCUCCUGGAUCAGCUACGAACAGUCACUGCAGAGGCUGAUAAAGUUGCUGUGAUGGCACAACAGCUUCUUAACGGGAAGAGGCAGACAAGAUAUCGUUCUGGGGGAGGAAAGUCUCAAAACCAGAAUGAAUUGACAGUGCAGGAGCUAAGGUGUUUUGUCCAACAGCUGGACAACCUGCCAUGUAACAUCCGACAGGCUCCUUUACUGAAGGACUUGUUGACCCGGGUGGAUGACUUCCAGCAGCGCAGUGAACGGCUACUCUCUGAUGAGUCUCCCAGUGCACUAGAGCUGCAGGACCUCCUGGAUGUGAGUCUGGGACUGGACGUGGAGCUGCCACAGCUGCUCCUGCUAAGAGAGAGGCUCGAGCAGGCUCGCUGGCUGGAGGCUGUGCAGCAAGCCAGCAGCCGACCGGACAGCCUCUGUCUGGAUACCAUGAGGAGGCUAAUAGACCAGGGAGUGGGACUGGCUCCACACAGCUCUGUGGAAAGAGCCAUGGCACGUCUGCAGGAGCUGUUGACGGUGUCAGAGCAGUGGGAGGAGAAGGUGCUCAGCCUCAUGGAGGCCAGACCAUAUCAAAACUUGGAAACACUCGACGCCGCUCUACAAGAAGUAGAAAACAUCCCUGCUUAUCUGCCCAACUGCCUGCAGCUGAAGGACAUCGUCACCAAGGCCAAAAAAUGGCUGCAUGAAGCCGAAUCACUCCAGAUUGGGGGACGUAUUCCUGUGCUGGACAACCUCUCUGAGCUGGUUCUCAGAGCGGAGGGCAUCCCAGUAAGGCUUGAGCAUCUGAGUCGAUUAGAGGCUCUUGUCAGUGACAUUCAGAUCUGGAAGGAGAGUGCAGCAAAGACAUUCCUACUGAAAAACUCCCCCUUCUCACUUCUUGAGGUCCUCUGCCCAAGAUGUGACAUAGGGAACGGACACCAGAAAUCACGAUCUAAGAAAGGGAGAGAGUCCCCUCAGAUCAGUAAAAAGGUUUCAACAAAACUGGAGUCUGUUUGUGAUGUGGAGAGAGCUCUCUCUGAGAGCAAAGACUCUGCCUCCGCAAUGACCACACUUGCCGAUGUACGCCACAGGGAGAUGGAGAUCUUGUUGGCUCUGCGCGCUUCAAAUGAAUCCAAGUUCCUCUCUGCUGAAGACUGUUGUGCACUUAGUGCUUGUGUUUGCCAAAAGGCCCCAUCUGGUGCCAUGGUGCAGUGUGAGCUGUGUCGAGAAAUCUUCCACUCAAGCUGUGUGGAAACGACCACCGGCCUUGAGCACGGCCAAGCCUGGCUAUGCCCCCUUUGUCUGCGCUCGAGAAAACCUCCCCUAGACAAGGUCCUGCCCCUGCUGGCUUCGCUCCAGAGGAUUCGCGUUCGCCUGCCAGAAGGAGAUGCCCUGCGCUUCCUCAUCGAGAGAACGGUGCGAUGGCAGCACAGAGUUCAGCAGGCCUGCACAGAGGGAGUCCUGGAGAAGGUGUCAAAGAUGGGGAGAGUUGGACACAGGAUAUCAUCACAUCUGACUCAGGAAAAAAAUGGUUCAUUUUACACAGAGCACCAGUCUGUUCCACUCCAGGAGCUGAGUGCUGAGCUGGAGGAGUUGAUGGUUGAGGGAUUUUUGCUACAAGUCACUUUGCCUGAGACUGAGCAGCUGUACAGAUACGUGCUGUACAAACUGGCCCCCCUCCCCUCACAGAGUCCUCCCUGUGGGAACAACAUCGAACAGGACCAACAGUCUCCAAGAGGGAGCCCCAGCCACAGCAAGAUUGGAGGUUCUGGUGUCAAAAAGGAAGCGAGCGUUCAGAGCAAAAGGACCAAGCGACGUAAAGAUAGCUCAGACUCUCAGCACAGUGACAAGCCCAAGAAGUGUCGCAAGAAGUCCAAGAAAAACAAAGAAAGGAGUGAAGAGGCCAAGAGGACGUCGUCUUCUCCUACACAUACAGUUUCCGACCCUGCUCAGUCAGACUCAGAGGAGGACUUCUCGCUGUGUGCUGCACCAUGGUGCAGAGAGCCAGAGGGCGAUGAGGUAAACUGGGUCCAGUGCGAUGGCAGCUGCAACCAGUGGUUCCACCAGAUCUGUGUGGGAAUAUCUGCUGAACGGGCAGAGAGGGAGGACUAUGUUUGCAUAAGUUGCACACAGCCAGACUACGACAGCUACGAGAGGAGAAUGAAGGCUAAAAUGUGACUCUGAAGGAUCAGUAGUCCAGUUGCAAGCUGCAGCACUUAAGUGCACACCUGAACUGUGUGGCCUGUGCCUCUCCCUCUUUACCUUCUGGCUUGCCCUUAGUGAAGAUGGUGCUAUUUUCCUUUUCUCCCCCCAGAUUUGCAAAAGACUUCUGUCACCGUUCUCGUCACAUGGCUGUUUUUUGUUUUUAGCCAAUCAACUAAUUGUUUUCGAAACGUUCCAAGACCUGAUGCAGAUGUAAAAAAACAAAAACAAAAAAAACAAAGCAACAUGUUUCAAGAACUAACAGGGCAGGGAUUUUUCAACCAAAAAACGUCAAUUUGACAACAUUUUAGAACUGUUUUUUACAUGCAACUGAACAAUGUGAAACUUUCUCUUGCAGAAUAAUUAUUUAUCUAAGCAAUAACUGAACAGAUUAACUGAGGUUCAGUUUUCACCUGAGCUAUAUUUGAGCUUAGAAAUUAUUUGAUAAAAUGCCUUCUUGGAGAAAAAAAUCCCAGAAGAACUGACUUUAUAUAUCCUGUGAUAAUACGCUGUUCAGUUUAAACAAACAGAGCCAUGGCUGUAUGUCUCAGCGUGUUGUUCCAAAAUGUGCAAAGGUUUGCACCUAAAUAUUUGCCCAUACCCCUUAAAACAUCACUGGCUUGGAGAUGAAGUCAGGUGUUCCUUUUGCGCUGUCUGCGGAGGAAAAAAAUUAGCCCUGGAUCCGUUCCUGGUUUUGGGAGAGACUUUGUUUUCACAAAGCAAGAAUGAACUGUCCGACAUUAAAGGAAUGUAGAUUUUGUUUUAGGGUGGAUUUUUCCUUCAUGGUUUAGGAUGAAAAUAUUGUGUUGGACUUAGAUUUAUUUGCCACGGGUAUAUGACCUUUUUCUGCUCCUUUUGGGUAAAUAAUAUAAUUAAAAUGUGCAGUUUGCAGUAUAAAAUAAAAAUGUUUGUUCCCAAA